UUCAGGUUUUCCUUUAAAACUCGUCCUUCUUCCCUUCUUCUCUUCUUAACCUCAAGCCACGUAUACUCUUGUAAAAUACUUCAUCGAACUAAACGCUCUUUUGAAGUUGCUCUAAGCCGUUAGCUUAGUACAUAUAAAACAAAGCGGGAUUUGUACAAUAUCAAUGACGGAGACUGCAGAGGAUUCACUUCUUGAAUAUGCAACUUUUAAUUACGACGAUUUUAAUAUUUCCGGUGUCCAAGACUACCUCAGCGACUAUGAAGAUAUAAAUCAAGCUCUACAUAGACAACAACAAAUUCUUAAAAAAGUAAAAGAAUGUCUUGCAAACACAUUUGAGAUUAUAAAUUAUAAGGCUUUAAAGUACACUUCUGAAAAUUCUGUGAAGACCGAUAUUAUUUCCGUUGAAAAGGAAGAUCUUUCGGCUUCCGAUACUCAAACUGUUGCCUCUUUGCGGUCUACACUUUCUACUCAUUCAAAAGCAACAUUCCUUUCAACUGAUAACGCUUUGGACGCUUCUGUAGUUCCCGACAAUUCUUCAAGUAAAUUUCCAAAUUCUCAAAAGAACUUUUCAAGAAUAAGAAAACCCAGUAAGUUAUCAGCUGUGCUAUCGGACAGCAAAUUAACCACAAAUUUUUUAGAAAAUAAAUAUAAUACUUACGAAAAUUCUUUAAUUAAAUAUAAUAAAUAA